UCUCCACCCAUUUCAUGAGGUGUGAUGGAUGUCAGCGAAACGAAUAGGGAGCGCACACGAGCCCACCGCACCCACCACCAGAUCAGCGUUACUGAAUCAUUUCAACAAACAUAACAUCUCUCGCUUUAUCCAAACAGUGAUACGGCCAAUCGCCACAUAAGCGCGGACCGCUCGAUGGGAAAAUUCAGAAGAUGAUACUCUGAAGAGGGGUAAACAUGGAAACCCGACGCUGAGUUCUUUUAAUUGUGACCAUAAGACACCAUGGCCAAACAGUACGAUGUGCUGUUUAGACUUUUGCUUCUCGGAGACUCCGGUGUCGGAAAAACCUGUUUGUUAUGCAGAUUCACGGACAAUGAAUUUCAUCCCUCUCACAUUUCUACCAUCGGUGUCGAUUUCAAAAUGAAGACCUUGGAGAUUGAUGGCAUUAAAGUACGAAUACAGAUAUGGGACACAGCAGGCCAGGAGAGAUAUCAGACCAUCACGAAACAGUACUACAGAAGAGCACAGGUGGGCAUUUUUCUGGUGUAUGACAUCACGAGCGAGCGUUCAUUUCAGCACAUCAUGAAGUGGGCCAGUGAUGUGGAUGAGUAUGCUCCUGAGAAGGUGCAGAAGAUACUUGUUGGGAACAAGUCUGAUGAAGAACAGAAGAGACAGGUUGCUACAGAGCAGGGAGAUAAGCUUGCAAAGGCUUACGGAAUGGACUUUUUUGAGACAAGUGCCUUUACCAACCGUAACAUUACAGAGUCUUUCACCCGAUUGGCUGAAUUAGUGUUACAAGCCAAUAAGAAGGAUAUCGAUUUGAUGGGAGGCUCCAUUAAUGACGAGUUUGAUCUCACAAUUUUGGAGGAGCAGGAAGGAUUGUGCAAUGUUGGCGACAACACUCGUAAGUCGUGCUGGUGCUGAGGACUGGAAGUGGCACAGCCACCCUUUCAGUUGAUAUUUGUUCAUUUUGAAUAUUUUUGCAUAAAUGCAUCAGCUUGUGUUUGCGUCUUUGAUGACCAAUUCAUUAUUUCAUAUGGAUUAUUAUUUAUUUUAUAGUAAAAGAAGCUCAAACGUUUAUGAGUAUUUCCAGUCUCAUCAAUCAUUUAUUCACAAUCUUUUAGAAUCAGUUUUAUGUUCAUUUAACAGAUAUAUGGGAACGGUUUAAGUAUCAGGCAGCAUUAAAUUUAUAGCUGGAGCACCCAUGUUAACAUGUAAUAUGUUUUUGUGUUAUGCUGUGGGACUUAAAAGGAUAGUUUACCUAUAAAUAAAAAUUGUGUGAUGAUUUACUCACCCUAAUGUUAUUAUAAACCCGUAUGUCUUUGUUUCUUUGCUCGACCACACAGAAUAUUCAUGCUAAAUGAACGUAUUUGGAGACACCUAGAAUUAUUUUUUUGUGUAUGUGUGUCAUACAGUUUUGGCAAAAUAUGAGGAUGAGUAAAUGAUGACAGAAUUUAAAUUUUUCAGUAAAAGGUCCUUGUAAAGUGAUCAUAUAUCUGAAACUAUUGGAAAGUGUCCCUUGAAAUGUUCUUGAAUUAUGCAUUUAUGGGGUUUGACCAAACUGUUACAAUAUUAAAUGCUUCUUUGGUAUAAAGGCAUUGUAAAAAAACAUGCUGCUUACCAGUUUUAGUCCACUGUGAUUGUAAAUGAAUGCAAGGGGUUUUUAUUUGAAUUUGUAAAUUAUUAUCAGAUAUACAAACAUGUUAUUUCAUCUGGUAUUUUACACCAAUCUCUUUUUCAUCGUCAAUACUCUUUGCGUUCAGAUGAUGUAGGUUGGAAAAUGUCUACAUUAUACUAUAAAUGAUUCUGGAAAUGUUGCCCCAUAGCAACUGAUUAUUACCGUAGCAACACCAGAAAAAGGUUUAUAGCCUGCUUUGAUCAAUGUCAUUUCCAUCCCAACUUAAGCUAAAUUUAUGCAGAACUGUUUUGAUUCCCAGCGUGGAGCAGCUACAUGAGGUCUGUGUGCUGUGCUGAAUUGACAUGGGUUGUAUUGCAAACGAUUAAAUGUAUAUUAUACUAUUGCAACAUUUAUAUGUGCAAGUGGUACUGUACUAUGUUGAUUUAAAUUAACUCUUGAAUAAUGCAAAUGUUUGCUUGUGUUAUUUUAAAACUUCAAUGAAAUGUUCAUGAACAAUUUGAUACAUUUAAAUGAGUAUGUGGUUAUUUAUAUACAAAUAAUAUAUAUAUAAAGUGUAGUAGUGUGAUUCUGUCUAGGGUCAAAUAAUUAAGAAUAAACAUUUGAGUUGUUGUUCUUAUUAUAAUUAUGGAUUAAAUGACAUGAAUGGUUAUGUAGACUUGGAAGGUUGGUGGCCAGUUAUGUGCAACACCAAACCUCACCACUGGGAGGCAGUUGUGCAAAGCUAAAAAUGAAUGAUUCACCCAAUGAGUUUUGUAACCUAUGUAU